CCGAUGCAGCCAAUAAACGUCAGACCUCUUUGGUCGUGGGCGGGAUUCCGGCGACGCGCGUGCGCAAACAGCUCCAGCGUGACACGCGUGUGCUGGUGAAGGAGGAAGUGUUCGGUGCGGUAUCGGUACCGGGAGAAGAACAAACCGUGAGGCAGAAACAUGUCGUGGCUCUUCGGACUCAAUAAAGGACAAAGCGGCGGCGCGAACCCGGAUGUUCCGUUACCUCCUGCUCUACCACCACCACCACCUGCUGGGGGAUCCGGGGGCGGCGGCGGCGGGGGAGACAAACCCAAGGACAAAUGGAGCAAUUUCGACCCCACGGGGUUGGAGAGAGCGGCGCAGGCCGCCAAGGAGCUCGACCGGUCCCGCCAUGCCAAAGAGGCGCUGGAUUUGUCACGUAUGCAAGAGCAGACAACACAGAUGGAAUAUCAGAGCAAGAUAAAGGAGUAUGAGGCAGCAGUGGAGCAGCUGAAGGGGGAUCAGAUCCGUAUUCAGGCAGAAGAGAGGAGGAAAACUCUGAAUGAAGAAACCAAACAAAAUCAAGCGAGAGCUCAGUACCAGGACAAACUGGCUCGACAGAGAUACGAGGAUCAGCUCCGACAGCAGCAAGCUAUAAAUGAAGAGAACCUGCGCAGACAGGAGGAGUCUGUACAGAAACAAGAGGCCAUGAGGAAAGCCACCAUUGAGCACGAGAUGGAGUUAAGGCAUAAGAAUGAGAUGCUGCGGAUCGAGGCUGAGGCUAAAGCUCGCGGUCGUGUGGAGAGAGAGAACGCUGACAUCAUCAGAGAACAGAUCCGUCUUAAAGCAGCUGAACACAGACAGACUGUACUGGAGAGUAUACGAACUGCUGGUGCUGUGUUUGGGGAGGGUUUCAGGGCUUUCAUCUCAGACUGGGACAAAGUGACUGCUACAGUGGCAGGACUGACUCUGCUGGCUGUGGGAGUUUACUCGGCGAGAAACGCUACAGGAGUGGCAGGUAGAUACAUCGAGGCUCGUCUUGGGAAGCCGUCACUAGUGAGGGAGACGUCACGCAUCACGGUGAUGGAGGCGGUUAAACAUCCUGUCAAGACCAGCAGGAGGUUGAUGAGUAAGCCUCAGGAUGCUCUGGAAGGAGUUGUGCUCAGUCCGACGCUAGAGGAACGUGUCCGUGACAUCGCCAUAGCAACUCGGAACACACGCCAGAACCGAGGCCUCUACAGGAACAUCCUGAUGUAUGGACCUCCAGGGACGGGGAAAACACUUUUCGCCAAGAAACUGGCAGUGCAUUCUGGGAUGGACUAUGCCAUUAUGACCGGGGGAGACGUGGCCCCCAUGGGGCGGGAAGGUGUAACUGCCAUGCACAAAGUGUUUGAUUGGGCUGGAACCAGCCGACGAGGCCUGCUGCUGUUUGUGGAUGAAGCUGAUGCGUUCCUGCGCAAGAGAUCCACUGAGAAGAUCAGUGAGGACCUGCGAGCCACGCUGAAUGCCUUCCUGUACCGAACUGGAGAGCAGAGCAACAAGUUUAUGUUGGUUUUGGCCAGUAACCAGCCUGAGCAGUUUGACUGGGCCAUUAAUGACCGUAUCGAUGAGAUUGUAAACUUCGCUCUUCCCGGCCUGGAGGAGAGAGAGAGACUCGUGCGACUUUACUUUGACAAAUACGUCCUGGAGCCGGCCACCGGGGGGCGACAGCGGCUGAAGCUGGCGCAGUUUGACUAUGGAGUGAAGUGUUCCGAAAUCGCCAAGCGUACAGAGGGCAUGUCUGGUAGAGAGAUUUCCAAACUGGGCGUGGCCUGGCAGGCUGCUGCGUACUCCUCCGAGGAUGGUGUUCUGACCGAAGCCAUGAUUGAUGCCCGUGUGGACGACGCAGUCCGACAGCACAUGCAGAAGAUGGACUGGCUGCAUGGAGACGGCGUCCUGGAUAACGAGGGCCGCGUCACUCCUGCAGAUCUCCAGGGGGGCAAAGGUGCUAAAAUGGGCUUCAUUCUGCCUCAGGGUUCACCCCCACAGGAUGUUCUGUGUCCCUUAAAGGAGGGUCUGGACUCUAUCAUUCCAACAGCAGAGGAGGGGGGUAGCAGUGCUGCAGAAAAAGGGACUGUUCCAUGGGGAGGGGAGGGGGGAUGUAAACACGCAGAACAGAAAGACAUCCCCAGUAAAGAUGGCACACCGGUAUAAGAGCUGAUGCUGGGGCAGAUUUACUGAGCAUCGUGAGAGCUCGAUCUCCUGCUGGUGCAAACUACAGGCUUCUGUUUAGUUAGGAGACAAAGCUCAGUGUAUCUGUACGAAUCUGUACGAAUAUCCGUUAUAUUAAAAACAUCCUUGUAACUGUG